AUGUGGCGGCCCUCGCUUUCGGCCGGCAUUGGACUGCUGUGCCUCGCGAGCAGUGCCUUUGCCCGGAAUGAGGCCAGCCCUGUCAACCCGUGUCCGGUCCGGUGCACCAUUUCUGGACCGAACCCUCUCAACUGGACCUAUCUCCAUGGAGCCAAAGCGUUGAAACGCUGCGAUCAGCCCAUGCUUUUCGAUACCAUGCUCGAAACCAGAGUCAACGACCCAGACAAGCACAUCACGUUCCGGGCCUGUACGGCAUCUGAAGAGUCUACGGUCAAGACUGAUGACUUCGUCCCCGUCCCCUUCACCUUUGGGGCCCCCGAAAAGCGCUCUCUGAGCGACAACAUCAAGUCGACAUGCGCCUCGGACAUGCACAAGACCCCGAACCAGACAAGCAUCUUCUACCACGAAUGGCUUCCCGACGACAGCAGCCCUGUUGACGGAAGCAUCAACGACACCGCCUUGGCAAUCGAGACUCUCCAAGGACACUUGGACGCCGCGGACAACUGCGGGACCGCCAUCAUGUUUGCAAAGGUCCGCGAGUCCAUCGCCGGUCUCUUUGUCGGCUCGGCAGUUGACAAGAAGAGCGCCGCUCCCUUUGUGGAAAAGCUCGCCCGCAAAGUCAAGACCAAGGAGUUCUACGAGGCCGGCCGCUUUGCCGCCACCAACUGCCAGACGGUCCGGCCCUCCGUCUGGAGAGUCGGCGUCGUUGCUGAUCUCCAGGGAAACAUGACCUCUGUCCAGGAGGCCCUGUCUGACUGGAAGGACGCAAAGUGCCUCAGGAGCCCGGAUCUCACGGCCGAGUGGACGGGCGUCGAGGUCGAGCUCUGGUCCAUCAAGAGCUCUUUACCGACCAACGGAACAGACAAUCUCAGCAACUCGACCGCCGUCUCCGGAAGCGGGGCUCUCCACACCCUGCACCGAAGGGCCGAUUGCCGUGCCGAAGAAGUCAUUUCAGGCGAUGAUUGCGGAGCGCUGGCCAAGCGUUGCGGCAUCAGCGCCACGCAGUUCGACAAGUACAACAGCGGCACCAAGAACCUCUGCAGUACGCUCAAGCCCAGACAGCAUGUCUGCUGCUCUCCGGGCGACCUUCCAGACUUCCGACCAAAGCCCGACGCCAACGGGAACUGCCAUGCCAUCGACAUCGACAAAGGGUUCGGGUGCUGGGACUAUGCCGACGCGAACUACCUCACGGUCAAGGAUAUCGAGGACUUCAACAAGAACACGUGGGGUUUCGCCGGCUGCAAGAACCUCCAGCCGGGACAGAAGAUCUGUCUGUCCAAGGGCGAGCCUCCCAUGCCCAACCCCAUCUCCAACGCGCUCUGCGGCCCUCAGAAGCCCGACGGAGAGCCUCGCGGCAGCAAGAACCUCACGGACAUGAACCCGUGCCCGCUCAACGUCUGCUGCAACGUCUGGGGCCAAUGCGGCAUGGACAGCGACUUCUGCACCCUGGCCCCGGCCGACACGGGGGCGCCGGGCACGUCGCAGCCCGGCAAGAACGGCUGCAUCUCCAACUGCGGCAUGGAGAUCACCAACAACGACAAGGGCCCGGCCAGCUUCUCGCACAUUGCCUACUUCGAGGCCUGGAACAAGAACCGGCCCUGCCUGCACAUGGACGUCACGAGCGUCGACACCAAGAAGUACACCCACAUCCACUUCUCCUUCCCGGACGUCACCCCGGGCGACUUCAAGAUCGACACGAGCAAGCUGCAGACGCAGUUCGACCUGAUGAAGAAGAUGACGGGCAUCAAGCGCAUCGUGUCCCUGGGCGGGUGGGCCUUCUCCGCCGAGGGCGACACCGUCCACAUCCUCCGCGACGCCGUUCUGCCGGCCAACCGAGCCACCUUUGCGGCGAACGUGGUCCAGUUCGUCAACGACAACGGGCUCGACGGCAUCGACUUUGACUGGGAGUACCCCUCCGCUCCCGAUAUUCCGGAUAUUGACCCGAGCGCCAACCCCAACGAGGGCAAGGACUAUCUCGAGUUCCUGAAGAUGGUCAAGCGCAGGUUGGGCAACAAGUCCGUCUCGAUCGCGGCGCCCGCCUCGUACUGGUACCUCAAGCAGUUCCCCAUCAAGGAGAUCGGCGAGGUCGUCGACUACAUCGUCUACAUGUCGUACGAUCUCCACGGACAGUGGGAUCACGGCAACAAGUGGUCGAGCCCGGGCUGUCCCGGAGGCGACUGUCUCCGUUCGCACAUCAACAUGACCGAGACCAAGACGUCGCUUGCCAUGAUCACCAAGGCCGGCGUCCCUUCCCACAAGGUCUUCGUGGGCAUUGCGAGCUACGGACGGAGCUUCCACAUGUCGGAGGAGGGCUGCACGGGACCCGAAUGCACCUUCACCGGCACCAGGAGCCAGUCGGACGCCAUGCCCGGUCCCUGCACAGACACGUCGGGGUACAUCUCGUCGGCCGAGAUCCGCGAGAUUCUCUGGAACAAGGACCUCCUGGACGCGAGCGAGUGGCACGACAAGGACUCGGACUCGGACAUUGUCGUCUACAAGGGCACCGAGUGGGUGGCCUGGAUGAACGACGACACGAAGAAGGGGCGCAUCGACAAGUACAAGGGCCUCAACUUCGGCGGCGUCUCGGACUGGGCCGUCGACCUGGACAAGGACUACGGCGACAGCGGCAUCGGCAGCGGCGACAGCGACGACUCGAACCUCUCGGGCGGCCGCAACUGUCCCCUGAGCAAGACGUACACCGACCUCGAGGCGCUCGCCAACGACGGCGACGUGUCCGACGACUGCAAGCCCGUGCUCGCCAUCAACAUCCUCGAGAGGAUGCUCGACAAGUCGUUGUCCAACUACGACGACGUCGACAACGGCUACGACAAGAACUUUGCCGCCUACCGGCGCGUCAUGAAGGACUCGGCCAAGCAGGCCAUGGCCAAGUUCACCAGCUGGCACGACGGCAAGUACCGGGACUACUUCGACUGCGACAUCAAGGCGGACGGGGUGACCCAUUCAGGGGACUGGACGGGCCCCUGUUCCGACAUGAAGGGCCACUUCGCCGUCACGGGCAUGAACAUCAUCAAGCUCACGCUGCGGGACGAGGACGGCUUCUGGGACGCCGUCGAGAAGGAGACGGGCGUCAUCCAGGAAUGGGUCGAGUUCGGGACGUUCAAGUACAACACGGACCCGAACGAGGUCAUCAAGAACUGCCCGCCGCCCGUCGGCAUGACGCCGCAGCCCUGCGUCCCGUCGCUGAUCCUCUCCAUCUCGGGGUACCCCCAGCUCAAGUCCGACUUUGACAUCCCGGACCCCAAGGACAUCAUCAAGGACGUCAAGAAGAACCUGGACGAGAUCCGCACGAGCAUCUCGGCGCGCUUCUUCGACGUGGUCGCCGGCAUCUGGGACGGCGGCAACGGCGACGUGCUCCAGGUGCUGUCGGUGCCCAUCUUCCUGCUGGCGCAGGCCAUCACGUCCAUGGAGGAGGCCAAGAAGAAGGGCGGCGAGAUCAUCAAGGAGGAGAAGGAGGCCCUGAUCCUCAACAUCAUCUCGGCCCUGCUGUUCUUCAUCCCCUUUGUGGGAGAGUUCGCCGCCAUGGCCGCCGGGGCGGCGACCGUCGCCCGCAUGAUCGCCCUCGGAGGGCUGGUCGGCAACACGGCCUUCAGCAUCGCCGAGAUCGCCGGCGACCCGUCCAACGCGGGCAUGGCCAUCAUGGCGCUGCUGAGCGCCGGCCGCAUCAAGAAGCCGAGGGACUUCAUCGACCUGGGCUCCGCCAGGAGAGCGCAGACCAAGGCGGGCGUCAGCAAGAUGGGCACGACGUUCAGGAAGCACGACGACUCGCUGCAGAAGGUCGUCGGUAACUGCCGCAAGGAGGGGGACAAGGACGACGAUAAGGAGCCCAACGCGUGCAAGUUCAAGAGAGACCUGGGCCAUUCUUACCUCGAGACGCGCGACGUCGUCCUCGAGAGCCACCAGGCCUGGGUCGGCAAGCGAGCCGCCAACAAUAACAACAAGAACAACUGUCCCACGACGGAGCACGAGACGACCACGACCAAGAUCGAGACCGUGCUGACCACGCCGGGCGUCACCUGCAAGAAGGAGUGGUCCCAGGCCUGCUACCACUACAGCUCCGUCAUGAGCGUCCACUCCAACACGCCUGACAUGGUCCGUUGGACGUGCUGGGCGACGUCGGAGACCGGAAGAGACGGGCUCGCCACCGACCGCUGGGGCUUCUGGCCGAGACAGACACGCCAGGGCUUCAACAUGCCCCGACUGGCGCAGCACCACUGGGACUGGGGGCAGGAAUGGACCGAGCACGACAGCUGCGACAGAGACGAGUUCCCCCCGCGCCACUUCUGGGGAGCCAUCAACACGGGGAAGAAGAACAAGGCGGGCGAGAUCCGGUUCAAGGCCACCGAGGGCCAGAUGGUCCGGCUCAUCCCCGCCGCGGAGAACAGGGGGGCCGGCGGCAUGUGGAAGCAGUUCUGCGAGAAGAACGACGGCUACGAGAACAAGCUGCCCGGCCUCGAGAAGAUCAACGAGAAACACGUCACGACGGACAAGAACAGCAAGGUCGGCAGCAGCGUCAAGGGCGGCACGACCACGUACACCACCAGCCUCAAGGUCACCAUCCCCAACGCCGUCUUCGAGAUCAACCACUGGGAGCAGACGCCGGCCAAGGACGACGGCCUGUGGGACAACCCGUGCUGGCCGAGCAUGCUGCGGCCCAACGACCCGGGCUACGCCCUCCUCACCAACGACGCCUGGUACGCCAAGAACCCGGGCGCCCAGCAGUUCACCGCCGCCUACCACAACGCCCCGCCGGCGGCCCUGACCCGCGGCCUCACCAAGGUUCGCGCGAUGGACGGCCGGCCCAUCAUCGCCCCGCGCGAGCUCGGCGGUUCUGCUGACGACGAAGGCACGGAGAUGUGCGCGGCGCAAGGGCGACCCCAGGACGAGUGCGACGCCGAGCCGGGCCAGCACCAGCACCGGAGGAGACAGGUCUUUGUCGACGAGGACGGCAACGAGGAGGGCAAGGUGUUUGUCGACGAGGACGGCAACGAGAGGGAGGUCUUCGUCGACGAGGACGGCGACGAGUACGUCGACUUGCUGCCGAGCGACGGCCUCGACUUCUCGGCGCUCGGGCAGCUGCCCACGCCGUCCAUGCCCAGGACGGCCGAGGCCUUCGCCACGGCCGUCGCGGACGUCGAGGAGGAGAUGGAGGCUGCCACGCCGGGGUCCGCCAUCGCGGCCGGUCUUCCCGAGCCGACCAAGGGGAUGUUUUGA